AUGUUAUCAGAUUAUAUCUACAAUAAAUUGUAUCAGAAUGUGCAAGGGGUCGAUGAUGCAUUUGAACUGCAAGCAGAACAAACGUCUGGCACUUUAUUCGGCUCACUACGGCAGAAUAGCGAAGGAUCAUCACACUGUGCAUUGCGCACCCAGUACUCCGGUGAUGAGGGGUAUGAAUUUUUGGAUAAGAAAAUUAUUUUCAAAACAAUUUUGAUGGCAUACUUCUUAAACGAAGGAAGAUUCUGUGACCGGAGGUUUUUCAUGUGCUAUGCUCUAAAUCACAGUUUCAACAAGCCGUUGAAUUUCCUGCGUUCUUUAAGCUUUUUUUGUUCUUUGCCAACCCUUCGAGCUGGUUUCGCAAACUGUGUAACGGAUCCGCUUGGCCGUUUGCUAUUGGACUGUCAUGCGCAGACAGAAUGCACGAACUCCUCACCCCAAAUGCGUAAAGGCGCCGCUGCGGCGACAGUAUUUGUUAAAGACGAUGAACGCAUGUUUCACGUGAAGGAUGAUCCAGUAUCCUAUGGAAGAUCAAAAUUGGCCAGUUACGAGGAUUCUAAAGAAGAAAGCGCAAUUGUGUUUGAAAAACCACUUGCUACGACAUCCCACAGCGAUACGUUCAAUGUAGUUGGCCUAGUUCAUGAUGCGAUAACUCUGGCACGAAUACUGAAACAGAACAAGGAGAAGGCGAUAUUAUGCUUGGUGCUGAGCGUCCUAGCAGGCCUAACGUUGCUGCUUAUCGCUUGUACUGUAUUGGAAUGCUGCUGGAGGAGAAAAAAACAAAAACUGUCACGAAAAGCAUCGAACGAACUGUCAGCUGGAGCUGGGAAAUCCACGGAACUGAGCACCCUAAUGGAAAGCAGCCAGGCAACCUCAGCUGACAUGCCACAAAGAUGCACAAUUAAUUUCCCGAACUUCGAGGGCCGGUAUAUCACAAUGCUAAAUACUGUGAUUCCUUGCGAUCUUGCUACGGCACGAAAAGUGCAAAAACGCAUGAUCACACCGGCUCGCCUGGUGCAUUCCAGCCUAGUGUUUUUGGAUUCCGACAGUCGGAUUUGUUUUGAUGUCGGCGACUUAUCGCGUAACAAAGAAUCAUUCCUGCGAUUUACACAACUGACGCCACCUCGUGUUCCACAGAACGUACAUUGCUAUAGCUAA